AUGUUAUUUGAAACUGAUUUUCCAAGAUCCUACAAAUCAAAAAAAUCAAAUGACUCGAAAAUUGGCAAUGUUUAUGAUAGGUUUUUGGAAUAUGGUGAAGAAUUGGCGAGGAAUUUGGAGCAACCAGCGAGUUGUCGAGCUUAUGCGAGUUGUUUUGAUGAGCAGGAAUUGUGGAGAAAAUGGCCGCCGGAAAGAGGAGACAUUGGGAAAAGGUGGGGGAUUUUUGGUGGAUUUUGAGAUGAAAUUCAUGAAAAACUGAUAAUUUUAAGCUAGAAUUCAUGAAAAACUGAUAAUUUUGAGUUGAAAAAUUAAAUUCAAUUCCGAAGAAAAUCCACUGUUUCAAAAAAAAAAAAAAUAAGGACAAUUUCGAGCUACAAAAACGUUGUUCUCAAUUUUAGUGAUUGAUUUUGAGCUGAAAAUUAUUCGAAGAAUUCAGAAUUUCACUAGAAAUCAAAUUCACAUUUGAGAAAAAAAUCACUGUUUCAAAAAAUUAUUUUAUUAGUUUUUUUUUGUUGAAAAUUUGAUUAUUAUUUUUCCUUUUCCGUGGAUAAAAAUUGUGAAAGUAGAUAAAUUUGAGCUACAAAUAAAAUAAAAUUCAAUUCUGAAAACAAUACUGUUUCAAAAAAUUUAAUUUAUUCGAUUUUUUUUUUGAAAAUUUGAUCUCCUUUUUUUGAACUGUGAGAGCUGAAAAUUAUAGAAAAUUGAUCAUUUUGAGCUUAAAAUUAUUUCAAAACUUUUAAAACUUUUCAAAAAAUCAAAUUCACAUUUGAAAAAAUAAUUACUGUUUCAAAAAAAAUGCUUUAUUCAAUUUUUUGAAAAUUUGAUUGAUUUUUCUUUUCAAUGAAUAAAAAUUGUGAAAAUAGAUAAUUUUGAUCUAACAUAAGAAAUGAUUCUACAUAUAAAGUUUGAAAACUGAAAUUGAUUUUGGUUUUUCGGCUCAAUUCUGGAGAUAUACUGAAUUUUGAGCUGAAAAGUUCAAGUUUGAGAAAUUUGAGAAAAAUUCACUGUUUCAAAAAGUUUAGUUUAUUCGAUUUUUUUUUCGAAAAUUUGAUUAUUAUUUUUCCUUUUCCGUGGAUAAAAAUUGUGAAAAUAGAUAAAUUUGAGCUAAAAAUAAAAUAAAAUUCAAUUCUGAAAAAAAUCACUGUUUCAAAAAACUUAUGUUAUUCAAUUUUUUGUUGCAAGCUUGAUAGUAACUCUUUUUUUCAUUAAAAAAAUUGCUUUAUUCAAUUUUUUUUGAAAAUUUGAUCGUUUUUUUUUAAACUUUGCAACAAAAAAUUAUAGAAAUUGAUCAUUUUGAGCUAAAAAUCAUUCGAAAAAUUCAAAAUUUCACCAGAAAUCAAAUUCAAAUUUGAGAAAAAAAAUCACUGUUUCAAAAAAUUUAUGUUAUUCGAUUUUUUUUUGAAAAUUUGAUUCUUCAAUUUUGAGAUGAAUAUUGGGAAAAUAGAUAACAUAAGAAAUGAUUCUACAUAUAAAAUUUGAAAACUGAAAUUGAUUCUGGAUUUUUACUUACUCAGUUCCGGAGAUAUUCUGAAUCUUGAGCUUAAAAUUCCAAGUUUGAAAUUUUUGAGAAAAAAAUCACUGUUUCAAAAAAUUGCUUUAUUCAAUUUUUUUUUUUGAAAAUUUGAUAGACUAUUCUCAACUUGAUCGUGAGCUGAAAAUUAUUCCAAUAAUUCAGAAUUUCACCAGAAAUCAAAAUCGAAUUUGAAAAAAAUCACUGUUUCAAAAAAAUUCUUUAUUCCAUUUUUUUCAAAAUUUGAUUGAUUUUUUUCUUUUCAAGGAAUAAAAAUUGUGAAAAUUGAUAAUUUUGAGCCAAGAAAUAAUUCUACAUAUAAAAUUUGAACUGAAAUUGAUUCUGGAUUUUUACUCAAUUCCAGAGAUAUUCUGAAUCUUGAGCUUAAAAUUCCAAGUUUGAAAUUUUUGAGAAAAAAAAAUCACUGUUUCAAAAAAUUUAAUUUAUUCGAUUUUUUUUUUGAAAAUUUGAUCGACUAUUCUUAACUUGAUCGUGAGCUGGAAAUUAUUCCAAGAAUUCAGAUGUUCACCAGAAAUCAAAAUCCAAUUUGAAAAAAAUCACUAUUUCAAAAAAUUUUAUGUUUAUCGACUUUUUUUUCGAAAAUUUGAUAAAGUAUGAAAUGCUGAAUUUAUUAUUCUUCAAAUUUAUUUUCUCAAAUCGAUAAUUUUUGUUAUCACUAAAAACAAUAUCAUCUUCAAAACAAUACCCAAAAUUUUCCCAUUUUCAGAUCACUAAAACGUCAUUUGCACAGUUAUUCUCACCUCGAAAACCGUGAAAUCGGCCAAAUCCAAAAUCUCCAAGGAAAACGAAGCCUGGAGGCUGCGAUUCUGGCCUCCGAAUGCCGCGAAUUCCGUUUCGAUCAAACACUAUUCACAAAAAGCCGCCGCGGCGCUGCAAGAAAAUUGCGAUGGGCUGAAAAUCGGCGGAUUAUUAUGCGAGAUGUGCAGAAGAUUGUGGCGUAUGAUGCGCCGAAACAGGUGUUGGAUUUGGCUCCAGAAUUUGGGGGAGAUCCUGUGGAGCAAAUUAUGAUCGUUGAACCGGAUGACAGAGAUUAUGGUGUGAGUUUUUUCCACGGUUUUUGAUUGAAAUUUGGUAGAAAAUGUUUUGAAGUUAGAAAAAAUUCACUGUUUCAAGAUUUUUUGAAAAUUAGUUUUGAGUUUGAUUGAAGUUUCGAUCGCUGAUCUAUUCACUUAUCAAAUGAGUAAAAAAAAAUUGGAAGAAAAAACGGAGGCGAAAUAUAAAUUCAUAAAAUUCGAUAUGAUAUCUGAUUUCUGAACAAAAAUUAUCAAUUUUUCAGACCUUUCCGAAAAAUAUUUCACUGUUUCAAGAAAAUAUUAAUACUUUUCAAAUUUUUGAUGUUUUGGUAACUGACUUCUAUUAAGAUCGCUGAAAUAUUUUUUACUGUUUCAAGAAAUUUUGAAAUAAUUUUUCAAUUUUUGUUUUUUCAUUGUAUAGUUUUGUAUAGUUCACAGAAAAUUCCUCAAAAAUCAUUUUAUUUUCUAUAAAUUUGCUAGUUUCUGGUGAUAAACGGCCCUGAAAAUCAACAAAUUUUCGUUUUCCAGGCAAAAAUCAACUCGAAAACUAUUUUUCUCUAUGGAAAAAAUUCACUGUUUCACGAAAUUUAGAAAUUUAAGGUUUUUAAACGUUUUUCAGUUCGUACCGUUUCGUUUCCUGUAUCCAAAUUUGCCACGUGGAAAUCAAAAAAUUAACCAGAAAUUUCUCACUUUUCUAUUUGGAAAAAAUUCACUGUUUCACAAAAUUUAGAAAAUUUUAGGUUUUUACAAUUAGACGUUUUUCUGUUUGUAUUGUUGCAUUUCCAUGAAAACAUACACAAUUUUAUUUUUGGCUCUUUCAAAAAAUUUUCAAAAGAUUUUCUGCAAUUUUUCUGUGUUUCUUUGAUUCUACGAGCCAAAAAUCCAAAUUUUCAAUACCAAAACUGUUCACUUGUUCCCUGAAAACAUAAAAAUUCACAUUUUUGGCACAAAAAAAUACCAGAAAAUUUUUUCACUGUUUCAACAAUAUUUCAAAAGAUUUUCUGCAAAUUUUUUUGUGUUAAUUUAAAAUUGCGAGACUGCAAACUUCGGAAAAUUCACUGAUUUGGCUCGAAUCGAGUUUAUAACUAACUUUCACUGUUUCAAUAAGAUUUCAAAGGUUUUUAAUUGAGUUUCACUUGGAUGUCCUUUUUGGACACAUAAUUUUACGAAAAACAAUUUUCUGAAAAAUUCACUGUUUCAGAAUUUUUAAAAAUUAAUGUUGGUUUUGAAUUUUCGAUUCCUCGCCUUUGGUUCAUGACAAGUUGAUUUUUUUUCACAAAAAGUUGGAAAAAUAUCGAAAAAAAAUAUUUUUGCUCUUCAAAUAUCUCACUGUUUCAAGGAAUUUUCAAAAGAUUUUCCGGAAGUUUGUUGUGUUAAUUUCUCUUGAUUUGAAAAUCCCAAAAACAUUUUUGCAGACGCUCUUCGAAUGCCACAAAUACAUCCUAGUUCUCCGAAAAUCCAGCCUCGACGUUUUUUGCUUCGAAAACACCACGAAAAAACCGACCAAAUUGCUCAAAACCUACAUUUUACCGCGCGGUUGGAAAUAUCAGUGAGUUUACAGCCAAAAAUUUACAGCCAAAAAAAAAUUUCAGCAAAUCUUGAUUUUUUCCAGAAAAAUUGGCUGGAAUAAGAUCAAUGAAUCGAUUUUUGUGCAAGCCAAUAAGAGGAAUUGCGAGAAAAAACGGAAAGAGCACAGUUUUUUGAUGUUUCAAGCUUUUCCGUUUGAAUUUGAGACGAGCUUUUCGAUUGAUAGUCAUGUGAGUUUUUUGCUGAAAAUCGAUGUUUCCAUGAUUUUCAGCACAAAAUUUUGAUCUAGAAUGGUUUUUCUGCCAAGUGAAAGGUCAGGGGAUCAAUUCCCAUACAUAAAAUAGGUCCCCCGAGUCAGUUUUUAAAGUUAGGGUCUCUCCUUGAAAAUUUUCCAAAGUUAAACACCUGCCUCACAUUUUUGAGCGAAUUUUGGUAAAUUAUCAGCAGAAAAUUGGCCAAGUUAGGCAGCCUUCCCUUCGGAUUUUUGAAAAAAGUUAAGCCCCUCACCCCGAUUCAGGGGACCCAUUUUAUGUAUGUCAAUUCCCCCUGGGAGCAGAUAUUUUUCAAUUUUUUUCUGCUCGAAAAAAUUUUCCUGGCUGAAAUUUUGUGCUGAAACUCCUGGAAUCGCUGAAAAUCUCCAGAAAUCCACGUAGCAAGAAUUUGAUUAGCUCGAAAAAUACGUUGCCUAAUUUUUUGAGUUCAAAAAUAUUCCACGUGGCAAAAAUGUUUGAAAAGCUGUCAUUAAUGAUUUUCACAAUUCACACUUUUGCUUCAAUAAAAUUUUGAAACAGUGAAUUUUUCAACAACAAAAAUUUGCCACGUGGAUUUUUUAAACUUUAUUAAAUGACUAGAAAAUCAUUUCGCACUUUUUUCAAAACAAAUUUCUGAAGCAGUGAAUUUUCCAACAACAACAAAAAUUUGCCACGUGGCAACCACCCAUAAAUCUUGUAUUAUUUUACAGGCAAUUCCCGACUGGUGUUCACCGAUUCAAAAUAUCACAAUCGAAGAGGAUUUGGUGCAAAUUAUCACCAAAUCCCAAGCGAUUUUCUACUCUUUCCCCGAAAUUUGCCAGAAAUUUGGGAAUUCCGCUGGAUUUUCAGAAGCGCGUGAAAGAAUUGGGCUGAAAAUCGAGAUUCCCGUGAUGUUUGAGAUUUCGAAGCUCGGAGAACCUUUGCGUUAUUUGAUGGGAAGCUUUUUGGUGAGUUUUUGAGGAAAUUUUGAUUUAAAAAAACAUUUAUCACAUGUAUCAUGUGAAAAAAAUUGUGAACACUUUAGAAAAAAAUUUGGAACUUUUUGUAAAAAAAAAAAUUAAUUUUGGAAUAAAAUCUAGUUUUUUUUUAACACGUGGCAAAAUACUUUAAGCAAAUUUUGAGUUUGAAAAUUUUCCACGUGGCUUCAAUUUUUGUUCGAAGAAAAUUAUGAAUUAAAAUGCAUUAGGAAACACUGUGAAAAUUGUUGAGCAAAAUUUGAAACAGUGAAUUUUUUUGUACAAAAAAAUUAAUUUUGGAAUAAAAUCUAGUUUUUUUAACACGUGGCAAAAUACUUGAAGCAAAUUUUGAGUUUGAAAUUUUUCCACGUGGAACCAAUUUUUGUUCGAAGAAAAUUAUGAAUUAUCUAAAAUGCAUUAGGAAAAAAACACUGUGAAAAUUGUUGAGCAAAAUUUGAAACAGUGAAUUCUUUUGUACAGAAAAAUUUAUUCCGGAAAAAUUUGAGAAUCGAUAAAAUGUCACGUGGCUAAAUUAAAUUUGAAAACCAGAAUUUUCCCCCUUAAAAUCCACGUCAUAAUCAAUUUUUGCGUCAAAAAUUACACCAAAUCCAAAUCAAAAGAAAUUUCACUGUUUCAAAUUUUUUUUUCCAAUUUUUCAAUUUCAACAAAAAAUGCUAUUACCAAAAUCGAACAUCAAGUAUUGAAAUUUUUAGAAAAAUUUGGAGCAGUGAAUUUUUGUCCCCCAAAAAUCCACGUCAUAACCAAUUUUUUUCCGUUAAAAAAAGGCCAAAUCCAACUUUGAUAUUCAAAAAAAAAUUCACUGUUUCAAAAAUUUUAUGAAUUUUCUGAUCAUGAAUUAUUUCAACAGCCUCAUAACGUUUUCCAAUUCCUGCCACAUAGCAAUUCUGUAAUACAGAGAAAUUGAGGAAUUUUCCACGUGGCAAAAUACCUGUUGAGAAGUAAAUUUUGAAAAUUUCUUCUGAAUUUUUCAAUUCGCACGGGGAUCUUGCAACCUUAUCAAAAUCGAACAUGAAGUCUUGAAAUCAUGAGAAAAAUUUGAAACAGUGAAUUUUUUCCACCGAAAAUCCACGUCAUAACCAAUUUUGAUACUUCGAAAAAAAUUCACUGUUUCAAAAAUUUUAUGAAUUUUCUGUUCAAACUUUUGAAUUUGUUAGAUAAUUUACUCAUUACACUAAAAAAUUGCAGAUGAUUCAAUGCUCCUCAAACAUGCCACUUCUCGUCGGAUUUCCCACCGAAAAAACGCGCGAAUUUUGCAUCAAAAAUUACGAGAAUCCUGAAAUUCCCCCGAUUUUCCCAGCGAAUUUUCCGGUUUUUCGAGGAGGCCGCGAUUCUAUGGAAUUGGGCAUGUUUUCGCGGUUACAACAUGAGAGUUGCCUGAUUUUUCCCGAUUUUUUCACCGCCACGUUUUUGGUUUACGAGGGAUGUGAUGCGGUGAAAUAUUGUGUUGGAAAUCACUGGAAUUUGGCUGAAAAUGCUUCAAAUCCUCUAAAAAUCAGCGAAGUUUGGAGAACUCGAAUAUUUCCGCAUGUUUCGGAUCGAAAUGAAUAUCGAAAAUUGGAAUAUGAUCAGAGAUAUUGUCGUGGUGAAAUUCCGGCCAAAAAACGACGAGUUCAAUUGCGGACACCGCCUUUUAUUGAGGCAAAAUUGUGGGAUUAUGUGGUGAGGUUUUUGGGGAGAUUUUGAUCUAAAAUAGAUAGCCUAGAGCCAAAAAUCCAGCAAUUUUGAAGCAAAGAAAAAUUCACUGUUUCAAUGGUUUUGUGAAGUUUUUUGCCAAUUUUUCUUUUGAAAACAGAAGCCAGAAUUUCUAUCUUAAAAAAAUCCACGUCAUAACCAAUUUUUCGGGCCAAAAAUAAAGUCAAAUCUCCAAAUUUUUCGUCUAGAAAAAUUCACUGUUUCAAAAGAUUUUAUGUAUUUUUUGUCAGAUUUUCUAAUUUGAUCGAUUUUUAAAGUGAAUUUCGAAACCCAGAAUUUUUUUUAAAAAUCCACGUCAUAACCAAUUUUUCGGGCCAAAAAUAAAGUCAAAUCUCCAAAUUUUUGGUUCAGAAAAGUUCACUGUUUCAAAGAUUUUAUGAAUUUUUUUGGCAAUUUUUCUAACUCAUUAUUGAAAACAGCGAUGUUGUAAAUCCACAUCCCCGAAUUUUUCCCCAAAAAAUCCACGCCAUAACCAAUUUUUCAACCCAAAAAUCAAUCCAAAUCUCUAAAUUUUCGGUUCAGAAAAUUUCACUGUUUCAAGGAUUUUAUGAGGUUUUUUGGCAAUUUUUCGAGUUUGAUCAAAAAUUGAAAAAUUUGCUAAUCAAAAAUGUAGUCCUAAAAUCCACGUCAUAACCAGUUUUUCAACCAAAAAAUUAAUCCAAAUCUUCAAAUUUUUUUUAUUCCACAAAAAUUCACUGUUUCAAAUAUUUUAUGAGGUUUUCUUGUCAGAUUUUCUAAUUUGAUCUAUUUUUCUUUUGAAAACAGAAGCCAGAAUUUUUCCCUAAAAGUCCACGUCAUAACCAAUUUUUCGAGCCAAAGAUCAAGUCAAAUGUCCAAAUUUUUGUUCAAGAAAAAUUCACUGUUUCAAGAAUUUUAUGAAUUUUUCUGUCAAUUUUUCAAAUUUGAUCGCUUUUGCAGAAAUUGACAUCCAGAAUUUUUCCCCAAAAAAUCCACGUCAUACCCAAUUUUUCGGGCAAAAAAUUAAUGCAAAUCUUCAAAUUUUUAUUCAAGAAAAAUUUACUGUUUCAAAGAUUUUAUGAAGUUUUCUGUCAAUUUUUCUAACUCAUUAUUGAAAACAGCGAUGUUGUAAAUCCACAUCCCCGAAUUUUUCCCCAAAAAUCCACGUCAUAGCCAAUUUUUCCACAAAAAAUCCACGACACCCAAUUCGACGACGAAAAUCUGCACAUAAAUCUAUCAAUCGACGUUGCUCAUGUUACACCAGAUGGAUAUUUUGAAUCGACGGAUUACGGUAAUCCGAUUACUGUACAAUUUCAAUAUAUAAUCGACUAUGAAAAUGGUGAAAUUCUAAGAAUCAUCCCAAUUUUUGGACAAAAUUUCGGAGCUGAACAGAUUUCGAUUGAAGAAGAUUUGAUGAUUAUUCAAAAAACGCAUCAGAAUUUGCCGAAAAUUGAGAUUUGGGAACUGAUCGAACCACAACAGUAUUUGUCGGAUGCGGAAGCGGAAAGCGGCGCGGAAAAAAAUCGCGCGAAAAAGUUUAUCAGUCGAGCCGAGAAGAGAAAAAGCUUAUUUUGGCAAUCGGCCGAUUUUCAUUUGCCUGACGAGGAUGAUGACUCAGAUUAUGUGGAAUAAAUUUUUGAAAUUUUUGAUGACGUCAUUUUUUUGUUAUGUAUAAAUUUUACCUGUUUUUAUUGAUUUUUUUUUCAAUUUUAAUGGAUCGCAUCCAAAAUUCUAUUUCAUUGUCAAAAAAAAAUGAAAAAUUUCAGCCGAAAAUCAAUAUUUUCAGCGUUUUAUGAGAUCUGUGAUGAAAGGAAGAAAAACUGCGGCGAUUGUUGGUGAGUGCGCCGCGAACUUGCAGAAAAUGUGUGCGCUUGCAGAAAGGGGCGUGGCCUGGAUUUUUUUUGUUUUUCGGGGGAAUUUGAGGUUUUCCAGGGUUUUUUUAAAAAAGAAAACGUGGAUUUUAGACGUUCUGGGAUGGAAAAUGAAUAGGAAUCUUCUAUUUGAUCAAAAAUUUUUGACCAGAAAGUUUUAAAUUUGAAGUUUUUUCCACAAAAUUUGAAUUUUUGAAUUGAAAAGUUGAAAUUUGCGCAAUUUCGCUUCCAAAAAUCAUAUUUUCCAAUGAAAAAGUGUGCCAGACUUGCAAAAAUCCUCUAUUCUCUUCAAAAUUCCACGUUUCUCUGGAAAAAACAUGUUUUUCGCAAAGGGGCGCCGCAAAAUUGCAGAAAAUCUGUGCGGCGCUUGCAGAAAGGGGCGUGGCCUGGUUGUUUUUUGUUUUUCGGGGAAUUUUCUGGGUUUUUCAAAGAAAACGUGGAUUUUAGAGGUUCUGGGAUGGAAAAUCAAUAUAAAUAUUAUAUUUGCGCGAAAUUUUGAAAUUUGAAUUUUUGGUCUCAAAAAUCAUUUUUUCUUUGAAAAAUGUGCCAGACUUGUUAAAAUCCACGUUUACCUGAAGAUUUCGCCGAAAACUUUAAAGGAACAUGUAAUGGUCUUGAAGCAAACCUAAUUUCCCACCAAAAAUCCCCGAUUUUUGCAGUAAUUGGUGACGAAAUCCUAAAAGGCACCACAAAAGACACAAAUUCGCAUUUCCUCAGUCAACGUCUCCACGAAUUGGGUGUAAAUCUCAAAAAAAUCUGUGUGGUCGGCGAUGAAAUCGAGGAAAUCUCACGAGAGAUUCGAAACGCCAGCAAACACUACGAUUAUGUGAUAACAUCGGGUGGAGUUGGACCAACUCAUGAUGAUAAAACGUAUUUGGGUUUGGCGCGAGCUUUUGAUGAUCAAAUGCAUUUUUCGAUCGAUAUUCGAGAGGCUGUCAAUCGAUUUUUGCCCGGAUAUACGGCCAAAAAACGCGCUGAGAUAUUGCAGGUAGAACUUUUUUUUGAAUGAAAAUUUUCACAAAAAAAUACUUUAUCAAUUUUUGAAACGUAUAAAAUCGAGAUCGAAAAUCAGUUUCACAAAAAGUCAGUUUGCUACUGUUUUUUCGAUUUCGAAAAAAAAUAUUUGAUAAAUUUUUGAAACAGUGAAAAUUUCGAAAAUUCAAAAAACAGCUCAAAUUUCAAAAAAAUCGGAAAUUUAGUGAAAAUCAAAAAAUAUUCCCCUGAAAGUUAUUGAUUUUUGGUUGCCACGUGGCUGAAUUUCAAUUCCAAUAGAAGUUUGCUUUUUUUAAAUACAAAAUUUCACUGUUUCAAAUUUUUAAUAUAUUUUGACACAAAUUCAACUUUUAGUUGGAUAUUUUCCUUAAAAUAUGAAAAUCGCUGAAAUUCGGCCAAAAUUUCGAGAUUUUUUUUGAAACAGUGAAAAUUUGAAAACUCAAAAAAUGGCUCAAACUUCAAAAAAUCGGAAAUUUCCCCUGAAAAUUAUCGAUUUUUUGUUGCCACGUGGCUGAGCUUCGAUUUUUUUUUCGAAACACAAAAUUUCACUGUUUCAAAUUUUUAAUAUAUUUUUGACACAAAUUCAACUUUUAGUUGAAUAUUUUGCUUAAAAUAUGAAAAUCUCUGAAAUUCUGCCAAAAUUUCGAGAAAAAAAAUUCACUGUUUCAAAAUUUCUCUAUAAAUUCUGUCCUGAAAAAAUUAUUCGCUAGUUUUUUUCAAGAUGUUUGAAAAAUAUUUGAAAAUUUUUAAAAAGCCCGAGCCUAGACCCAAUUUUCCAGGCCAACCCCAUCAAACCGCCAAAACUCGACGUCACAAUCUCGGAAAUGACGCGAAUCGCCACCGAUAAAUUGAGCACAGUCCCGAAAUCCUCCGAGCUCCUCUGGGGAACCCAAAAAUCCAGCGGGGAACCCUCGAUUUUCCCGGUCGUCAAGCUGAAAAACGUGAUUUCCCUCCCAGGAGUACCGAGAUUUUGCGAAAAAGCCUUCGAUGAACUUCAAGAUCAACUUUUUCCCGUUCAAGAAAGACCUAAGGUCUUCAAGGAGACGAUAUACACUAACUUGGAUGAAUUUGAUUUUUCGAUUAAGCUCACGGAGCUGGCUCAAAGAUUUUCUGGAAAAUGUGAAAUUGGCAGCUAUCCGGAAGGGAAAAAUGGCAAAUUCUAUAAGACCAAAUUAAUUAUCGAGGCGGAAAUGCCAGAAAUUUUGGAAAAAUGUGCCAAAGAGCUCAGGGAAUUGCUCCAAGGACAUCUGGUCUAUUAUGAUUCGCAGCCUUGGCAAAAUACUGUGGAAAAAUGGCGGGAUUUCAAAUUGCGAUCCACCCCAAUGUAUCGAGAAAAAUUGGAAGUUGCUGAGAGAAUUGUGCAGAAAAUCGUGGAUGAAUAUUCGUUGGAUGAGAUUGCACUGUCUUUUAAUGGAGGCAAGGAUUGCACAGUACUCUUGCAUUUGUUGAGAGUUAUGGUUGAUGAGAAAUAUGGACCGGGAAAAGUUAUUCAGGGAUUUCAUAUUGUUGUUGAGGAUCAAUUUCCGGAAGCCACACAGUUUAUUAUUGAUGCGGCGAAGUUGUGAGUUUUUCUGGGGGUAGAAAUAUCCACGUGGCAUUUUGUGGCUUUUGAAAAUUUCUAUUGUUCAUCCGGACGAAUUGAAGAUUUGACCUACCAAUUUUUUGUAGUUUGAACCCAAAAUAGUGUGUAAAACGAGAGAUUCAGACAGUAGAUCCAAAAUCCGACAUGACGAGGAAGAAUUAUAAAUUUGAGUUCGGAAAAUGUUUACAAAAUUAUUUGAAACAGUAGAUUUUUAUAUCAAUUUUUCAAAAUUUCUUAUAAAAAUUUACUGUUUCAAAUAAUUUUGAUAAGUUUUUAUGAAAUUCAAUUUAUAAUGACAUAGUAAUAUUGAAACAGAAAUUCCGAAAAAAUGGUCAAAAAAAUUCACUGUUUCAAAAAUAUUUUAUGUCUAAAUUUUCAAAAAAAAUUUAGUUAACAAUCUAUAACGUUCAAAUUAGAAAAAUCCACUGUUUCAAGUAAUUUUGUAUUUUUAUUUGUUUUUUGUGAAAUUUAAUUCAUUACACAAUAGGUUGAAAAAGAUUUCACAUGCCAAUUUCAGAAAUUAUUGAUUUUUUUUUUCCGAUUUUAAGGCCCCAAAAAUGUAUCAAAAACUGGAUUUUGAAGUCAAUAUUCAUUUUAAAAAUUCACUGUUUCAAAUAAUUUUGUUAAGAUUUUCUGAUUAAUAAUUUUAUGGUACAUUGCACAACAGUUUGAAAAAAAGCCCCCAUAAAUCCACUGUUUAAAAAAUAAUUGAUUUCUAAAUUUUUAGAUUUUUUUAGUGAACGAUCUAUAUACAGUUGUUGAUAUUUUGAAGCUAAAAUUCUAUGGAAAUUGUAAAUUUCAGGGUUAAUAAAAGUUUUUGUCAGAAGAGCUUUUUUUUUAUUUAUGGGGUGAGUCAUAAAAAUAAAUUGACAGAAAAAGUGCGAUUAAUUCCACGUUUUUUGUCAAUUAAUCGCAUUCAUUUCUGAAAAAAUGCGAUUAAUUGACAAAAAACGUGAAACUAAUCGCACUUUUUUUGUCAAUUUAUUUUUAUGACUCACCCCAUUAGAAAUUUUUCUGAAAAUUUGAUUGCAAGGCCGCAAAAAUGUGCCGAAAACUAGAUUUUGAUGUCAGAAUUCUUUUUUAAAAAUUCACUGUUUCAAAUAAUUUUGAUAAGAUUUUCUGAAAUUUAGUUUAUAAUUUUGAAAAUUUUUUCCAUAUGGCACAGAAACUUAAGCUAAAAAAGAUCCAGAAAAUCCACUGUUUCAAAAUUAUUUGAUCUCUUAAUUUUCAGAAUUUUUUUAGUCAACAAUCUAUAUACAGUUGUCGAUAUUUUGAAGCUAAAAUUCUAUGGAAAUUGUAAAUUUCAGUGUUAAUAAAAGUUUUUUUUUAGUGAAUCCAUAUGGCACAAAAAUUCCGAAAAAAUGGUAAAAAAAAAUUCACUGUUUCAAAAAUAUUUGUCUCUAAAUUUUUUAGAAAUUUUUUUAGUGGACAGUUGUAUUUUGAAGCUGAAAUUCUAUGGAAAUUUUAAAUUUCGUAAAAAUAUGGUUUUGAAGCUUAAAACUUCAGAAUUUUGCUCGAAUUUUUUUUUGCUGAAAAUUUGAUUUUAAGGUCCCAAAAUUGUACUAAAAACUGGGUUUUCAUGGCAGAAUUCCGUUCAAAAAUUCACUGUUUCAAAUAAUUUUGUUAAGAUUUUCUGGAAUUUAAUUCAUGGUGACGAAUAGUCAAACAUUAAUUCACGUGGCACAGAAAUUUCAAAAAAAAGGUCCCGAAAAUCCACUGUUUCAAAAAUAUUUAAUCUCAAAAAGUUUUAUAAUUUUUUUAAUCCUCCAAAAAAUGUUAUAAGUUGAGCUGGAAUUCUGUGGAAAUCUUAAAUUUCGUAAAAAUGUGGAUUUGAAGCUCAAAAUUUCAGAAUUUUGCUCGAACUUUUUUUUGCUGAAAAAUUUGAAUUUUGAAGUGAAAAAACUGGCUUUUGAUGAAUUCCGUUUAAAAAUUCACUGUUUCAAAUAAUUUUGUUAAGAUUUUCUGGAAUUUAAUUUAUAAUGUCAUAGUUAUAACAACGAAGUGGAACAGAAAUUUCAACAAAAAAAAUCCACUGUUUCAUAAAUUAUAGAUGUCUAAAUUGAAAUUCUGUAAAUUUCAAUUUUAAAUUUCUCUCGAAAAUUUAAAUUUCAGGCUCUAAGAAUGUAACAAAACCUAGAUUUUGAUAUCAGAAUUUCUUAUAAAAAUUUACUGUUUCAAAUAAUUUUUAAAACAUUUUAUGGAAUAAAAUUGUUGAUCACAUGAUGUGUAUACAAUUUUCAAAAAAAAAAAAUCCAAGAAAAUGAUGAUUUUUGGUUCCCCCGAAAAUCCACUGUUUCAAAAUUAUUUUAUCUCAAAAUUUUUUAUAAAUUUUCAAUAAUAUUAUCACAUUGUUUCUAGCUACAACAUCACAGUUCUCGAAUUCCCAGGCCCUCUGAAAUCGGGUCUCGAAGCGCUCAAAAAACAACGUCCAAGAAUAACACCAGUUUUAAUGGGAAGUCGAUCAACCGAUCCAACUGGAAAAUAUCUGAAAUCACCAAUUCAAUGGACAGAUUCAGAUUGGCCGAAAGUUUUGCGAGUUUGUCCGAUUUUGGAUUGGACAUAUACUGAAGUUUGGAUGUUAUUAAGAGGUUUAUGUAUUCCGUAUUGUAAAUUGUAUGAUCAAGGAUAUACGAGUCUUGGAGGCCGUGAUAAUACGGUCAAAAAUGAGGCAUUGAAGAUUGGAAAUGACGUGUAUUUACCGGCUUAUCGAUUAAUCGAUGAUGAAGAGGAGAGGAAAAAUCGAUCGAAUUUGUGA